UCACCUCCACAUCCUGCUCCUCAGGAUAUACUCUGUGUCUGCUGAGAGUUUCACUGUUGUUUAGUCCUGUCAUAUUUUACUUUUUGACUCACAACAACUCGACUAAAAUGAUUUCCUGUAUUGUAUUUGUCUUACUUAUUUCUGUACCAGAAGGUAGUUUUCAAGUCGCUCCAGAUGCCUCCUCAACUACACUGAGUACCUCCAAACAAACUACAGAGAUACAGAACCCAAGCACUACAACAGCCCCAUUAACAACUGACCAUACGACACAUCAGUCAACCACUGUUCAGUCGACAGCCCAGUUAACCACUGACCAUUCAACAGCCCAGUUAACCACAGUUCAGUCGACGGCCCAGUUAACCACAGUUCAGUCGACGGCCCAGUUAACCACUGUUCAGUUGGCAGCCCAGUUAACCACUGAACAUCUGAAAGAUCAGUCAACUACUGUCAAUCCAAGCGAUCAGUCAACUACUAAACAUCUGGGAUCCCAGUCAACUGUUAACCGUUUAAUAUCGACAGUUUGGUCAACCACUGACCGUUUGACAGAUCAGCCCACAACUGACCGAUCAUCCACAAACAAGACCACCUCUGAACAAACAUCUCCAUCUCAGACAACACUAAAAGAAUUUAAUAGCAACACUAUUAAUCAAACAACACAAUUGCCACUUACCAAGAGCACACAAACCACCUCACAAUCUACACAGCAGCCCAACAAUUCUACUGUUCAAGAACCAUCAACGGGAACAUCACGUCCUACAGGACAAAACAAUGCAACCUCCAUCAUAGCUCUGGAAGGUAAAGGGGAGAAAUUUGUGGUUGGAAAUCCUGGGCUCAUUGCAGUGCUGUGUAUUUUCUUCAGUACGUUGGCCAUGAUUCUUGUAAUUGUGAUAGUGAAGGUGGUUCAAGCCAGGAGACCACAGUUUGAAAGGCUUGAUGAUUUACCGAUGGGUGGAAUAACUGAGGAUGCCCCCUUUGCCCGCUACCGUUCAAAAUAAAGAAGACACAUAGAUUAUCUCAAAGAUCCUGGGACCCCAUGUGACAGAAAUGUGUCUGUAAGAACACAAAGAAAUCUAAGUGGAAGCAGUAGGCCAUCAGGGAUUUUUUCAUCUUCAUGCAUACAGAAAUUUUGGACAUAGGCUACUAGUCACUAAUUUUUGCAUACUAUAUAUUAUUGAAUUAGGUGAUUCCAGGUGCAGGGAAUGUGUAAUAAUACAAAACAGAUUUAGCUGGGAUUUCGACAAAAUUUAGAUUUAUUGUUUACAACAAUGAUUAUUUAUUGGCAGGAAUACAGUUUGCUGUCCUUUACUGCUAUUAGGUUGAAACAAAGGGGCUGCAGUUCCAUUUGGUGCCACUAGAGGAGCAGUCAUUACAUACACAUCAUCUAUUUAACGGUACUUGAUCAUUCUGUAUGAUUUACAUUUUUAUUAAGUUUUGUAUAUAGUUAAAAAAUUUUAAAGCACAAAUUUAAAGCACUUUUAUAGACUUAAGACAUGAUGUGCAAUACCCAAUGUAUUAAGGACCUAUGAUCACCUUAUUUUUGUCCCAAAAUGUCACAGCCAAGAUUCAAAUUUUGAAAGUGGUUUAGUAUCGAAUGAUGUCUCAUUUGCCUCAAUACAGUGUACUAGGUGCAAUGAUGAUUUACACAGUAAAUAUUUAUAAGAUAGUGUCACUGAAGCAUGCCAUUUUCAUCUUAACCUCUAGAUGGCAAUCAAAUAUCACAAGCAAUAUAAUGAUUUUUUAAAAUAUAAUGAUCCAGUAAAUAAACCUAAAUGAUGCAAUAAAACCAGCAGUUAAAAUUUAUAGAAAUACAUCCAUCCACACUUGACAGAAUUUCUUGUGGUCUUUAUUUUUCAUGCUAGAAAGAUUUAAAUAGACAAAUAUGACACUAUGCUAUAUACCAGGGCUUUUUGUGAGCAA